CAAGAUCUCUGUCCUUGCCGAUCGAUCUCAGAUCUUCUGAAUGAGUGAUCUCCCAGACAGAGGGGAUGAGAGCCAAAAAGAUUAUUUUAUUUUAUUCUGUUUUUUUAUGCUGUUUUCCCUUUUUUCUUUUUUGAUUUGGUAGAGAUGAAAGUGAAAUUCAGUGAAAAGUGCUACUCCAUAUAUACGACUUGGUCAGAGAAUGCUAGUAUGCUACGAGUCUACGAGGUUGGCCACCGCGUGAAGUUGAAGUUGCCGAUAACCUUUUUGUUUCUACGAGCUAUAUAACAAGGGCGAAGGGGAGGGAAGGAAUAAUCUUCAACAUAAAACUUUACCCAAACUCUUCUUUUCUGUGGACUGGGCAACCUAGCACCGCUCAAGAGAAAUUGUUUUUUUAUAGGAACUGUCAAUUCAAGUUUUGGAAGUUGAGAGGGGUAGAAAGACCAGAGAUGGCCGAAAUGUCUACUGUAAGUCAUGUUCUGGUUAUUCCUUACCCUAUACAUGGUCACAUAACCCCGAUGGUUCAACUCUCGAAGCGUUUAGCCUCAAGAGGAGUUGCGGUGACAGUCAUUACCCCAACAUCAACUAGUGCAUGCAUACAGGUAAGUUCAAGCCUAAUCAGGAUUGAGUCUAUCCCUGAUGGUGUGAAACCAGAUUCUGGCUUUGAUGCCAUUUCUGACUGGCUCAAGGACUUAGUCUCCAAUAACUUGGCUGAGAUCAUGUCUAAAGUCACUGGUUCUGGGUGUGUUUUGACCACCGUGGUAUACGACUCAAUCAUGCCAUGGGUGGCUGACUUAGCGCACCAGCUAGGCCUGAGAGCAGCUGCAUUUAACAGCCAAUCAUGUGCUGUUUUUGCAGUAUACCAUCAUACUGAUCAGGAGAACUUGACUGCUCCAACUGAAGGAUCAACCGUGUCACUGCCUUCAAUGCCACCAUUGGGGUUGAAUGAUCUUCCAUCUUUUGUUCGCAAUAAGAGCUCCUAUUCUUCCCUACUGCGGUUCGUUUUGAGCAGAAAUUUGAAUACGCAGAAAGCAGACUGGCUCUUGUUCAACACUUUUGAUGAAUUGGAAAAGGAGGUACUUGAGUGGAUGGCUAGCCAAUUUCCACUCAAAGUCAUUGCUAUUGGGCCAUUACUUCCAUCGAUGUACCUAGACAAGCGAGUAAGAGACGAUGACAACUAUGGCCUGAGUCUUUUCAAGCCAAACAAUAAUGACUGCAUGGAGUGGCUUGACUCCCAGGAAACUGGUUCUGUUGUCUAUGUAUCUUUCGGGAGCUUAGCCAACUUGAAGGACGAGCAAAUGUGUGAAGUUGCGCAGGGCUUGAUCCAAAGCAAAUGCAAAUUCCUGUGGGUGGUCCGGUCCUCUGAGCAGAGCAAACUCCCGAGCAAUUUCUCGCCAGACAAAUUAGGAGCGGGCAUUAUCACAAACUGGUGUCCACAGCUGGAUGUCUUGUCCCACCGAGCUGUAGGGUGCUUCGUUACUCACUGCGGAUGGAACUCAACUCUGGAGGCACUGAGCCUCGGAGUCCCUGUGGUGGCCAUGCCACAGUGGACCGACCAACCCACCAAUGCAAAGUAUCUCGUCGAUGUUUGGGAUGUAGGGAUCCGCGUUAUGGCCAGCGAAAAUGGAAUGGUCACAAGAGAAGAAGUAGAGAGGUGUUUGGUAGAAGUGAUGAAGGGGGAGAGAGGGGUUAUGCUCAAAGAGAAUGCUGCGAAGUGGAAACAACUGGCUAAAGAAGCUGUUGAUGAAGGUGGAAGCUCCGACAAGAACAUUAAGGAGUUUGUGUCUGCUAUUUCUAUGUAACGCCAAUCAGUGAGCCUGACUCACAGUAGGUUUAUAAAUUGGCAUAUCAGAGAUCAAUGUAUUCACGAUAUUCAUAUAUUAUAUUACUCCAAAUUUCAAGGCAAUUACCACAAUCACAAAUCUACUUUUAUUUGCUUCA